AUGUUGUCCAACAAGAUCAAUGUAUUCUUGUUGACUGCUGUGUUGAUGACACUGAUGUCUUUCCCCAGUCCAGCUGCAUCACAGGGAGAAGGACCAAAUUAUGACUUUAGCUUGAGUACUCAGGUCAAUAUCUCGGGAAUGAUGCAUUUCCAGGUUAACUACUUCCCAGAUCUAUCUCCACCACAGUACACUUACUAUCCAAACUUGGACAAUCCCUAUUACAAUUACUCAUAUUAUACACUGCCAUUGACGAGAAGACAGUACCGCUUCUCCACACCUGGCUCCUAUGUAUAUACGCUCACCAGCGACACGACAGACACGACGCCACCAUUCGUCUUCCCACCACCCGAUCAAUUCUUUGGCUCCGAAUGUCAGUUCUUUAUCGAUUCGGGCGUUACGGUGACGAUCCGUUACAAUCCAAAUCUAUACACAGCACCCGCAUUCAUUGUCAAGGCUGGUGGCACUAUCAUUCUGGACCCUAACAGCGACGUGUAUUUCACGCCCACCCAGCUGGUGCUCGAGCCCGGCUCAUCUUUCAUCUCGCAGCCCAACCCAACCGUCAACCACACGAUUGCGCCCGGCUUCAACUCGGUGCAGACCUCGUUCUACAGGUGGAUCGACCCAUGGCAGUCGACAACCUUCCUCUGUCUCGGCUGCAACAUCACCAUGAUCAGCUCGGACGGCGCUAUGGGUGUGCCAGGCGCGUUCGUCGCUCUCUUUGAUGACAUCUUCUUGUGCGCCACCCUCGUGCCGCCCCAGACCAUCAGCUACUUCAACAACGGUCCCAAGACAUUCCUCGCACAGACCUCGCAGAACGACUACUUCCAACUGGACCUCUUCACCAAGAGCAACCUGUUCAACAACUCUGGUACUACCGGCUGGUGCUACGACUACCACAACAAGAUGGUACCCGCACCCAACCGUCUGGCCUUCAUGGACUACACUAACCUGUACGGCACGACAUUCGUCUACCACGACGAGCUGAGGAACGUCCGUGUGACACCCGUCAAGAACAUCUUUGCAAUGACCGUCACUGGCCCCGCCAACGUCGUUAUCAACGGAGUCUACUUCUCUGGCGUCGGCAUCACCAGUCCCAACACAUUCCAAAACUCCAUUCUGAACCCCAACGGCACUGCCACCCUGGGCAAGAACAUCGCCGAUCGCUACGGAAUCAACUUGCUGCACGUCCAGAGGCCCGUGUCCAUCACCAACUGUGUGUUCACCGAUCAACAAAUGAUUGACAGCUCAUUCCUCAUCAACUUCACCGGCUACCUGGGCAACCCACCCCUCCCCUCACGUUUCCUCCUGGCUGCCAAGCGAUCGUACGGCAUCAUCGCCGGCAACUCAUUCAUUCUCAGAACACCCAACACCACUGCCAUUGGUCUUCUCCAUGGAACUGAGAGCUUCUACUUCUACGGAAACUCCUUCACCACCAACACCUUGGCCAAGGUCACCACCGCUCCACGCGACUACCCUGACUUUGCCCCAGGCAACACUGGUAUCUACUCAGUGUCACCAUUCUCCAAGUUUGACUACAACACAUUCGAGGGUGGCUUUGUUGGUGCCUGCAUGCUCUUUGAGCCAUUGCAGAACCGUGCUCAGCUGUUGGGCCUCACCACCGAGUACCUGGUUGGCAACUACUCUGGCCAGGUCAUCAACAACAACGAUCCAUCAUGGGUCACCUGGAACAACUUCCUCUACUACGGCGUCACCAACCAGUACCACUUCCGUCGCGCCAUGCCCCGCAUCCGCUACCCCAUGUCGGCGCCACCCCUCACCUUCCGUCAGUCCGGUUCGUUCUUCUUUGCCUCCUUCGGUGGCAACAACGACAUUGUCGACUCGUCCACCAACUUUAACUACGAGCUCGUCUUUGACAACUGCAACAUCACCAAGAAGAUCCGCCCCACCAUCCUGUACGGCGAUGGCACCAAGAUGUUCAACCUGCCAACGUUCGUGGGCACAUACCGCGGUAUGACCUUUAUCAACACCAACGUCACCUAUGGUUUUGGCCGCUUUACCAAGGCCAAGGUCACCGGCAUGGUCACUCUGAUCAACACCCGCAUCACCGACUCGGCCGACAUUGCCUCCGUCUUUGCCAACGUCGCGCCACAGCUGUUUGUUCUCAACUCGGGCAGCACGAUCGUCGACAACACUGCAUCGGCUCCACUCUCGGUCAACUUCUCGAUGCCAAACCCAGGCACCCCACUGCCCGCCGCCGCCGUGAGCCUGCUGCAGAGCAUCGACACGAUCAACAGCUUCAACUCGACAGUCUUUGUCGACGACCAGCCAGUGUCCACCAACUUCAACGCCAGCAAGGGCAUCUUCUUCAGCGACUCUGUCCAGGUGCCAUGGACCCCUGGUUACCACAAGCUGCGCACGCGUCACGUGCCCACCUACGUUGUGAUCAACGGUGCAUUCGACGUGCCACAGUACUCGCUCACCUUUGAGGCUGGCUACUUGACCAACGUUCUGGUGCCAUUCAGCUACGCCUUCUACCUGGGUAUCGAUGUCUCUGAGCCAACAACAGUCCGCAGGACCCCAUUGCCAGUGCUCGGCAACUCGUACACACGCUGCCAAUGGAUCAGCGCUUGCCAGCUGUCUGGCGGUCGCUUCGGCAACUUCUCCACAGCCCUCACAUCGAUCUCCAACAGCACCACAACUGUCUCGGAUGCCGCGUCCGUGUCCAUGCUCACCACAUACUAUGGUGACGACGCUGGAAGCACCUCGUCCAUGACCUUGACGCUGCCCCAGGGCUACUACCAGGCCUUCUUCUACUUCACCAACCCAACAGCCGUGCCUGCCGCCAACCGCGUGCAGACCACCUCGCUUCCACGUUACUCGGUGAGCAUCAACGGUCAGUUCCUCCCACCCCUGACCACCUGGCUGUCACCCUUCCAGCAGUUCGUCGUGUCCGAGCCAUUCCUGUUCAAGAACGAGCAGGCCACUCCACAGCAGUUCGUGAUCAAGUGGGGCUACACUGGAUCAUUCAUUCCACUGGCUGGCGUUGAGAUCAGAUCAUCGAUCACCACGCCCUUCCCCAUCCCCAAUGACCCAAUCACCACGACCACCACCACCACCACCUCAACUACUAGUACAUCGACGACCUCAACUACCGCCCCCGCCACUACCUCUACCACGUCCACGACCACUGCCACUACCACGGCAGAGGAUCGACUACCGGUCAGUCGACAUCGACCACUGGGCGGCCAGACCACCACUGGCGGCACGACCAAGUUCAUCUCACUGGUGUCGACCAUCACCACCAGACACAGCUCAUCGUCCACCCUUGCUGUCAACAUCGUCGUAAUCAUAAUCUCAAUGAUUGCCACUAUGUUGUUCGUGUAA